AAUGCCUAUUUCAGAUUCUGUGGUAUUAAAAUUCAAAUGUCAUGUUCAUGAUAUUGUCAUGUCAACUUCAAUUUAUAUGUCAAAUUAUUUAUCGGCGAUUUUUUAAUUUUCUUGGUGAUAAAAUAUCGUUGCAUUGAUAAAAGUUGUGUUGAGAUACCGGGCACGAUAAUUGGUUAAAAUGGUUUCUUUUGUUAACCUUAAAGGUUUUGAAGAAUUUUCCAACUACACCGCUUCUAUUGAUCUUAAAGGUCCUCCUGUUUUGAUCUACUUUAGCGGAUCAAAAAACGCCGAAGGUAGAAGCUGGUGUCCAGACUGCGUAGAAGCUGAACCAGUUGUCAAAGCAUUUUUAGAUGAAUUAAAAAGAAAUGUUGUCUUUGCUUAUGUUGAUGUUGGUGACAGGGAUUACUGGAAAGACAAAGCCUGUCCAUUCAGGACAGACAGUCGCACAAAGCUCCUUGUUAUUCCAACAAUAAUCAAGUGGAAAGGAGUGCAGCGGCUUGAAGGAAGUCAGUGUACAAAGAGAGAUCUUUUGCAAAUGCUGUUUGAGGAAGACGACUGAGUAUACAAGAAAUGUAAUUUAAGAACUCUAUGUAUACAGACAGACUUGAGGAAAUUGUGUUAACCAUAUAUAAUUUGUUUUAGUACAUUUUCGUUGAAUAACUGUCAUUUUUUUUUAUUCAAUAAAACUGGUAUAUAUUUAUAGAGUGCUCAACAAUUUGCUGUUUUGUUGUAUAUUUUUUUCUACAUUUUAAACCAAUGUUUGUAGUCCAUCUCUUUGUGCGUUUGUAAGGCGGUAUAUUUUGCCGAUAUAAAUGAUUAUGUAUACUUAAGUAAAUACUUCAAUAAAUGUGUAUAUUUUUAAAAAUAAAAUAUUGUGUAUAAA